AUGAUCGACCGCGAGCAUAAGCUAUCGGUUGUGCGCCAGGCAAAGCUUCUCGGCUUCAGCCGUGGCAGUGUCUAUUAUCUGCCUCGUCCGGUGUCUGAGAGCGAUCUGGCUCUGAUGCGCCGGAUCGACGAACUGCAUCUCAACCACCCGUUCGCGGGAAGCCGGAUGUUGCAAGGGCUCUUGAAUGGAGAAGGGCUGAGUGUCGGGCGGCUUCACGUCGCCACGCUGAUGAAGAAGAUGGGCAUCGAGGCGAUCUAUCGCCGCCCGAACACCUCGAAACCAGCGCCAGGUCACAAAAUCUAUCCCUAUCUCCUGCGAAGGCUGGCGGUCACCCGGCCCAACCAGGUGUGGGCAAUGGACAUAACCUACGUUCCGAUGGCUCGCGGUUUUGUCUACCUCUGUGCCGUUGUGGACUGGUUCAGCCGGAGGGUUCUGUCGUGGCGGCUGUCGAUCACUAUGGAGGCAGCCUUCUGCAUCGAGGCAGUCGAGGAGGCACUGGCUCGCUAUGGCAAGCCAGAAAUAUUCAACACUGACCAAGGUUCGCAGUUCACUUCCAUCGACUUUACGGCAGUGCUGAAGAAAGCUGAGAUCGCCAUCUCGAUGGACGGCAGGGGCGCUUGGCGGGACAAUGUCUUCGUCGAGCGGCUUUGGCGGUCUAUCAAAUACGAGGAAGUCUACCUCCACGCUUACAAGACCGUGUCCGAGGCCCGCGCUGGCAUCGGCCGCUAUCUGACCUUUUACAACACACGACGCCCACAUUCAUCCCUUGACCGGCAGACGCCGGAUCAGGCCUACUUCAACGCGCUGACGCCGAUGAUGGUGGCGGCAUAA